AUCCUUAAGUUUAGGCGGGCGCGGCGUAACGUCGAUUUUGUCGCCUCUCUCUCUCUCUUUUUUUUUUUUUUCGGUUUGUUGCCUCCCUGAAUCUGAUCAAGACAAGCGUAAUGGCGUAUCAGGCGGUGCUUUGAAUUCGCGAAGACCUAGCUCAGAAACCCAACUUUGAUUGCGCAAAAUCUUCAGUUUCCUUUUCGAAUAAACCUAACCAGAACCCAAAAAAAAAAGAAAAAAAGAGAACUAGUAUAAAUCAAGAAAAACCAGCAAAAUGAAGAUGGCGAUGGCUGGUUUGUAUAAACGAGUCCUUCCUUCUCCUCCUGCCGUCGAUUUCGCUUCCUCCGAUGGAAAGCAACUGUUCAUUGAAGCGAUUCAAAACGGGACGAUGGAAGGAUUUUAUAGGUUGAUAUCUUACUUUCAGACACAGUCAGAGCCGGCUUACUGUGGACUUGCCAGCCUUUCCAUGGUCUUGAAUGCCCUAGCUAUUGACCCUGGAAGAAAAUGGAAAGGACCUUGGAGGUGGUUUGAUGAAUCUAUGCUUGACUGUUGUGAGCCUUUGGAAAAGGUUAAAGAAAAAGGGAUAUCAUUUGGGAAGCUUGUAUGUUUGGCUCAUUGUGCUGGAGCAAAAGUUGAAGCUUUCCGCUCGAAUCAAAGCACCUUGGAUGACUUCCGUAACUUUGUCGUGAGAUGUUCCACUUCUGAUGAUUGUCAUAUGAUUUCAUCAUAUCAUAGGGCAACUUUUAAACAGACAGGCACUGGUCAUUUUUCUCCUAUUGGUGGUUAUCAUGCUGGAAGGGACAUGGCCCUGAUUUUAGAUGUUGCUCGUUUUAAGUAUCCUCCUCAUUGGGUUCCUGUGACACUUCUUUGGGAAGCCAUGGGCAAUGUUGAUGAAGCAACAGGGCAAUGUAGAGGGUAUGCAUUCAUACCUGCUUGCCUCAUUAGUUGCUCAAUGUUAUAUAAGCAAAAUGGUCUUAACAGGUUCAUGCUUAUUUCCAGACCUCAUAGAGAUCCAGGAUUGCUUUACACCCUGAGCUGUAAGCAUGAAAGUUGGGUCAGAGUUGCAAAGUAUUUAAUGGAUGAUGUUCCUAAUCUUAUGAAGUCAGAGGAUUUGAAAGACGUACAUAAAGUUCUCUCAGCUGUUUUCUCAUCACUCCCAUCAAAUUUUGGAGAGUUCAUCAAGUGGAUUGCAGAAGUUAGGAGAAGAGAGGAUGGUGGUCAAAAUCUUAGCCAAGAGGAGAAAGGAAGGCUUGCUCUAAAGGAAGAGGUGUUGAAACAAGUACAGGAAACUGGCCUUUUUAAGCAUGUUGCAUCAUUUUUAUCAUCAGUGAAUUCGUGUUGCAGAAACGUACUGGCUUUAAGUCAUGAAAAUAAUCUGCCUGACAUUGCUGCAGGAGUUUGUUGUCAAGGGGCAGAACUUUUGGCUGGGAAGUUUGGUUCCCCAGAGAGUUAUUGCUGUCGGGAAACUUGUGUUACUACCCUGAAGGCUAAUGGUGAUAAGCGUAUUACCUUGGUGUCUGGGACAGUGGUAAAUGGUAGCUCUGAGCAGGGGGUUGAUGUGCUGGUUCCUUCAGGCCCUAAAAAUCUGAAUUGUUGUGGCUUUAGUGCAACUUGUUGCAUUGGGAUUUACCCAGCUGGCAAUGAUGUUCUAACAGCUCUGCUGCUGGCCUUGCCUCCAGAGACAUGGUCUGGUAUCAAAGAUGAGAAGCUUUUGUAUGAAAUAAAUUCCCUUGUCUCGACUAAGAAUCUUCCCACUUUGCUUCAGGAAGAGGUUUUGCACCUACGACGGCAGCUCCAUCUUCUCAAGAAGUGCCAAGAGAAUAAGGUAGAUGAGGAUCUAGGUGCACCUUUAUGCUAGCCUAUUAUACCAUCAUCCCCUCCCGCUUCCUUGUCCUUUUUAUUCUCAUUUUUCUCCAUAGCUCAUAUUGCUAACAAAGAGCAAAUAAUCACCUUGUUCCAAGAAUGAGAAAAGCUAGAUAGCACCAUGGAAAUUUGUCAGCCUUCUUUUACAGGGGAAAGCAAGCAAUUGCAAGUGUGCGGCCUUUUGACUGAAGUAUCUUGACUAAGAGGCAAGGGGAGUUUCUAGGGAUCGAUACCUGGUGGCAAAGUGGAAAGAAAUGUCAUUCACAGGUAGUAAUCUCUCCUGUUGAGGAGUGGUGGAUUUUCUCCUGGAAACGAGAUUUAAGUUUGAAACUGGAUCAGUUGUUGUGCUAACUUGUUGGUAGAAAACUUUUAAUUAUGGUAAGUGCACUGUAAAGUGGAUCAUUUGAUGUUUUAGGAGUGCUAUGGAUGCUGCAAACAUGUGCAUUGUAAUUUGAUUAAAGGCAAUUUUCCUUCCAAUCUGCAAGUCUUGGUACUGUAAAGUCCCAUGUCU